AGCAGUUGGCCAGUUGCCAAGUGAGGAGAUAUUUUUCACUGGUCAUAGUUAUAGAACAUCAUUACUUAUAUAAUUUAUGUUCAGUGUGUGUGUGGUCUGAAUUUUUGUACAGGUUAGUGAAGUUCUCUUUAGGAAUAAUAUAACCAAAAUGGGGCGUAACCGUGGUGGUCGUGGUAGUGGACAAAGAGGUUCAUCAUCAACAGCUGCCAGAACACAGACUCGCCAAAGUAGAGGAAGACGUCAAACUACUAACCGAAGGGAACAUGAUGGUGAUUUGGAGGAACGCUUCUACUCACAAAUGAAUUUGUCUGAGGAGAAGGCUGAGGGCUGUUUUGAAAAAACAAAGAAAUCCAAAAAGAAACAUGAGGUUGUAUCCUCAGAUACAGAAGCCACAGAUACAGCCAGUGAGACUGAAGAAAACCGACUUGAUGAAAUUAGUGAGCACACUGAAAGAACAGCUUCUGCUAGUUACGUUCCUGAAUCAACUGCUGUUACACAGUCUUGUAAGUCUGAACAGCGUGAAAGUGAUCAAUCUGAAGAGGAAAGUGACUCCAAUGAGUCGGAAGGAGAAACUGACUCCAGUGAAGAAGAGGAAGAAUUUAGCAUAUCAUAUAAAGUAGCUAUGUGGGAUCUAGGCCACUGUGAUCCUAAGAAAUGCUCCGGGAGGAAACUUACUAGAAUGAAUCUUGUUAAACUUUUAAAACUAGGGCAAAUGUUUCCUGGGAUUGUUUUAACCCCUGUUGGGUCCAGAGUGGUGUCGCCUACUGACCGGAAGGAGCUCCUGCAACACGGUGCUGCCGUCGUGGACUGCUCCUGGGCACGUCUUGCAGACACACCCUUCAAGAGGAUGAAGGCUGGGCACCCUCGUCUGUUGCCUUUUCUUGUGGCCGCCAACCCCAUAAACUACGGACGGCCUUGCAAACUCUCCUGUGUUGAGGCACUUGCGGCUACCAUGUACAUUUGUGGAGACCAGAGUGCAGCCGAGUAUUACUUAGGAAAAUUCAGCUGGGGCCACUCAUUCAUUUCGCUGAACAAGGAGCUGCUUGAUCGCUACGCUGCGUGCAAAGACAGCGCUGAAGUCAUAGCAGCUCAGAGCGCCUACCUCGAGCAAGCUGAGCAUGAAGCCACAGCAAGACGUCGUUGCGUCGACAUGCCUCCAAAAAUAGACUCUGAAGAAGAAGAAGACGAGCAAGAAGUUUCCAAAGAAUCUUUAACCUCCAUAAAUAAAUCUAAUAUUGACGAACGUUCAACCGCUGCGUGCGGAUCAUCGGCAGUUUGAGGGAGAAGUUCAUAAGUAGCGAAUCGUCCGUUUUGAAAUAAACGUGUUUAAAG